UAAUGGUUGAACAAUAGCUGCAAUGCCUACCGAUUGUUUCAAUGUUGCUUCACUUUGGAGACUGUCUAGCGCGUGCUAACUACCAACCCAUUCAGCAGCUUGCGGGCGGAUAAUGGUCAAACAUAACAAAUUAAGAUCCUACUUACCUUAGACUAAUACUAUUCAUCGAUGAUUACACCUCAAAUAAUCACCUAUCUUAGAAGAAUCCACUGCACUGCUGGGCCAAUUUCGUAUUGUUUCUCCCUCAUGAACGCCCAGCGGGAACCCGUAAUUAUAUCACGUGAUAUUUCGCUUCAAUUGUUUCUCCGGAUCUGUCAAAAUGUUCAGAGCCGCAACCUUCGCCGUCCAUCGAAUCCCGCAGUUGAAUUGUGAUCUCAAUCGAUCGCCGGAGUUUUUCGAUACCCAUUGUCCUCCUUUAUAAUGGUCGUCAAAAUUCGUUUAUCCCGUUUCGGGAACCGCCACCAGCCGUUCUACAACAUUGUUGUGGCGCAAGCACGGUCGGCGCGAGAUUCGAAACCGCUGGAAGUUAUCGGAACUUACAGUCCUAUUCCUAGGAUACCAACUGGCCUCUCGGAAGCAGAAGCCAAGGUAGCAAAGCCUUUCAAAGAUAUCGCGCUCGAUAGGUCGCGGACGAAAUACUGGUUGGGUGUUGGUGCACAACCGAGCGAACCUGUAUGGAGAUUGCUGAGUUUGGUGGGCCUCGUUGAACCUCGACUCGGGAAAAUGCGAACAAAUAAUGCAGCGGAAAAAGCUACACAAUAAUGAACCUUCCCGGUGUUCCCAACGAAACUCUCUACGCCUGUGGUAGCUAGGCUGAAUGAGUCCUUUGCGCUCCUGAACAGUAUGAUCCGCCAAGCAAAAGAAAGAAGGCAGGAAAGGGCAAUUACCAUCAACGAUAUUCACGCGGGAUAAAACAGCCGGUAUCAAACUAGAUAUCCUGCUCUUCACCUGCAUACGCACUACAUGUACCAACCUUACGUUUUCUCGAGAGCGUGAUUUCAUCAUUUUACGGCGUUUGGAUUUCUCCAAUUAGUUGUCUGUGUUCAUUUUCUUUCUUUUUUUAAUAUCCGUUAUCGCUUAUGUAUGUGUAUUUCUAGAAAAUGUUGGUUUGAAUUGAGUUGUAUAUUAGAUGAAUAAUUAUUCCACGUAGGAUAUAUGAGUGUAGAAAGAGGGCUCGUAUCAUUUAAUCAGCCAGAAAAUUUGUAAACGCAGGAAAGCAGAUACAGGAACGGUUACUCAAAACGACGGUUUCCAAAAUAGGUGGCGAACAGAACUGCGGGCAUAAUCUGUCGCUUCAUAUUCAAGAUGAGUACUCAGCAACAAGAAAUAGGGGGAAAAAACAAUACGUAGGAUAUAGUAAAAAACAUGAUAUGUACUCAAAGGGUG